GAAACAACAAUGGCUGCUUUCUCAACUUUAGUAAACUCAUAGAUCCAGAUUGAAAGAUUAUCGGAUUAAUUUUGCCUACUGAUAGAUCUAAUAAUGCGAUGUCGUGGAAAUAUAUUCUAAAUACCCUGGAUAGCCAAAUGUGCUUUUUCAUUUUUCUCACCAGUACCAGAAGGAGUGUUAAAAAUCAUAUCAUCCAAACUUUGUAGGCCAUGUUUUUCAUGGUUCUGAUAUUUAACACAUCAAGUUACAAAAAUGACAGAAACUGAUUCACAUCUGCCCAACUUUAGACAGGAGUUGGCCUUAAUUGCUAGUGAACUUCACAAAGAUGAUAUAAAAAAUUUGAAAUUUUUAUGUGAGCCUUCUGUGCCCAAAAAAUUUCUUGCCAACUUCAAAACAGGUUUGGAAAUUUUUGAAGCCUUGGAUAAAAGUCGCCUACUGUCUGAAAACAAUGUAAGUUACUUGGUAAAUAUGUUUCGCCUAAUUGGACGAAUGGAUUUAGCAAAACGGCUUGAAUCAAAAUGGGCUGUUAACAGCUAUGAAACUAAUUCAUCUAUCUCUCCAUUCCGGAUUCUUCUUUUUAAUAUAAGUGAAGAUCUUGGAGCUGAGGAUCUUGAUAAACUAAAAUUUUAUUAUGGGAAAGUCCCUAAAAGACAUCAAGUUGAUUUUGGAAUAGACUUAUUCUCCUACAUGUUAAAGCACACUGCCAUAUCACCAAAUAAUGUUAGUGGUCUUGAAAAGCUUCUUCAACUGAUUGAAAGGAAUGACCUUGUGGAAGUUAUUAGAGAGUACCAAGAAAAUUACAUGUUGGAUGAAAGUUCCAUGGAUGUGACACAUGAACCUGAAGAAAAUAGUAAACCUGCUAGUUAUGAGACAGAACAAUCACCAGUACAGGAGAGUUCGAUGUACUCAGACUCAAACAAUUUCACCUAUUCAACUGCGUCUGCCUCUGAAACUAGUGCUGAAACUUCUUCAAACCCAGCAAUUGGAGCUACAGCAAAUGGAACAGGUGUUAAGAGUGAUGAAGCUAUUGGUGAAGUCCAGUUUAAUGUUGAAGAAGCAGCAGUACAUGAAACAACAGCAAAGCAUUUUGGUCAAUCCCACUGUAAUGAUCAUCUGGAAUUAGAUCAAAUUACUAUUGCUGUCCCAUGUACAGAAUCUGCAGCAGAACCAGUCCAGCAACGUUUAGACAUGUUAGAUUAUGGUGCAGAUGAUUGCUUGCAGUAUUAUAAAAUGACUGCUCGACCUAGAGGUUUAUGUGUUAUAUUUGAUAACCAUAAAUUCACCUACGACUCAACUGACCAUGAAGCCAUAAAGCUGGAUGACAGAAUGGGGUCAGAGCAUGACAGAGCCUCUCUUCGCAAGACAUUUGAAAGGUUACAAUUCAUAGUUGAGGCUGAGGAAAAUCUGACAGACUCUGAGAUGGCACAGAGGCUUUUAAGAAUUGCUUCCAGUGACCAUAAAGACUAUGACUGUUUUGUCUGCUGUAUCCUGUCUCAUGGAGAAGAAGGAUUUGUGCAUGCAUCUAAUGGCCGCAAGAUCCAAAUCAAGUGGAUCACUGAUCUUUUCAAGUGUCAGUUUUGUCCGCAGCUUGCUGGGAAACCAAAACUUUUUUUCCUGCAAUGUUGCAGGGGGAAGACAUAUCAACCUGGGUAUCAACCUGAGUUUGAAAUUGAAGAAGAUGCACCACACCCAGAAGUACAAAUUUCUCGUGAUGUCAUUCCCAAUGAAGCUGAUUUUUUAUUUGGCUAUGCCACAAUGGCUGAUUCUGUCUCAUAUCGUAGCAGAUCUAAAGGAGCUUUUUAUAUCAAUGAAUUAACAAAAGCAUUGGAUAAAUAUGCUCACAGAGAGGAUCUCUUGACGCUUCUGACUAGGGUCAACCAGGAAGUGUCAAAGAAAUCUUACGAGCCUGUGGGGCAGCUCCAUGUGUACAAACAGAUUCCAGCUCCACAGUACACGCUUAGAAAACUGCUUAAGUUCUUGUAACAAAUAAUGUACACUAAAGAGAAAAUUAAAUUGUUACAGAGAAAUAUUGUAUUCAUAUGUUAAAAUAUGUUAUAAUAUGGUUUUCUUUUUUUUGUGUAUUGUGAUACAAAAUGUCCUUAGAGACCCAACUAUUAAAAUUGUUAAUUAAAUUAAGCUAUUUAUUAAUGUUAAUUUAUUAUACAUCUGAAAUCAGUUGCUGAAUUUAAACAGAUAUUUUUGUUUGGAUCAAAUUAUUAAGUUCCCUUUGAUAAUAAUAUUGUAGAUACCUGUAGAAUACCUAGAAUUCCUAUUAAAAUACCCAGGUUUGAAAUUCAGAUUAUUUUACUUAAAACUCAUACUCUCCACUGUUCAGUCAAAACAUUUUUUGUAUUGUAGAGUAGAAAGGUAAAAUAAGAUAUUUACCAGUGCUUGUUAGUAUUCUCCCUCACACAUUAAUAAUGAUUGGCAUUAAAAGAAUUAAAAUUUAAUUUGCAGCUGAGCGAUUUUAUUACUGUUUUAUAUUCAUGUGUAUAUUUUUUUUAAAGGUAAAAAUCAACUCAACACUUUAAUAUAUUUUUUUUUUGUGUAAAAUUAUUUUAAAACAAUUACGCCUUGUUCAAAAGGUUUAAUGCUUAAACAAAUUGUUUAAUUAAAAGAAAACAAGUUACAAAUGUUCACAGUUGAGUAAGGAAAUUAUUUCAAAUCUUUCACAACCUAUUUACCCAGAUUAACACUCAAAAAUACACUUCAUACAAAAGUUUGCAUGACAUAGAGAUGCACACUGUUUUUAUAGUAUAUAUGCAUUUUUAACUCAUUCACACACUAUCAACUAAUGCAUCACUACCAUAAACAAAAAUAAGCAAGUUUUAAUGAGAUAAACUUUUAUAUGUUUUGUUAGAGAAUGGUGAGUCAGCAAGUUUGCUAUAUGGUAGGCCUAAUAAUGUGUUAAUAUGUCUUUUAAACCAUAUAUUGGUUCAUGCCUGUGUGAUAACUAUGCCUAAUUACUAAUACCCAUGUAUUAUGCACUUGUAGUAUCGUAUUUGCUUGUAAAUAAUUAAACAGAUGUAUAAAUAUGUUAUUCACAAAUAUGAUUUUAAAUGAAUGCAAGUGCACAGAGAAUGUAUUAAACUUUC